GAUGACAUGUAACAUUAUGCAACUUUCAAUAGUAGCAGCCAUGUGUUUUAUUGAUGGCAAUCACACUUUUUCUAACCAACCCUUUUUACAGGGUGCAAACCUUCAGGAGGCAGUUUUCCCAGAGUCAGGUGUAAUAAACCAGCCGGACUUUGCCCACAGAUUCUGUCCUGUGAGUUCCCCGCGUGAUGCACAGAGAACUGUCUCUAGGCAUCUGUCAAUCGAGUGAGCAACACACUUUUCAAAGUGUGUAGGUUGGGACGUGGACGGAGGACAGAGUAUCAGGUGAGGAAGAAAAAAUGGAAGUGAAGAGCAGCUUGCGGAGGGCCCAGUCUCUCAGAAGUGUUUCCACUGAUCAUGUCGUGUCCUGGACAGAAACUGGACUCAGAGACAAGAGGAAGUCUGUCUCUCAGCUUAUGUUACACUACCAAAACUCUCCUGGAAGAAAAACAAAAGUUGAUUCAGAGGAUAUCAAGCAUGAGGUGAGCAUGCAGAUUGCACCAAUUCCUGUAAGUGAGAAUGUCAGCAGAGUUGAGACACAAGUGAAGAAGACUGAUGUCAGAGAGAAGUCCAGAGUCUCUCCUCUCUCCCGCAGUAAGUCUAUGGGUAGCCUCCCUCAGCACAGACCCACGGGCACCACAGCACUCAGGGCGCUCUUUGAGUCAAAGGUCACCACUCAGCCUGCGUCCAAGACGGCACUUCAGUCAGUGGGUGCUGAGAAAGCCAAGAACACUACUCUUCCAAUCACUCUUCCCAAUAAGAAGGAUGCUGAGGACAUAAAGCCCCAAGUAGAGGCAGAGGUUAAUAACAGCCAUGAUGAACCAGAGAAAUGGACCAAAGAGGUUCAAGUGAUCACAACGAGAGAGAGAACAAAACAGACAAUAACCCGAUCUGAUCGAAGAAAGACCAUUUCUGGCAUUUAUAGUGAAAAAAUAACAACUCCUGAGGAGGAUAAAAGAAGGUCAGUCGCAGACUUCAGAGACAACUCGGCUCUCUACGAACUGGAGAAACCCUCUAUUUCAGUCAAAGCAUUGUCUGCACUAUAUCUGUCAAAGGUGGCAGCUGCAGAACCAGCAGGAAACGUCUUGAAACCAGACCAGAAUCCCACUUCUCCAACUGGAAAAAGGCCAAAAGCAAGUAAGAUGGCUGAAGGUGCACAAAACAGCAUAGCAUAUGCACCCGAAUCAAAUCCAUCUACACGUCAUCCAGAAACCAGUGUUGAUGAGUAUGAGCGAGCCUUUACUUCACCACCCCCUACAAGAGAAGUAAUGUCCAUUCUGCAACAACGCAGACAGAAAUGCGAGCUUAGACGACUGCUAAAACACACUUAUCCUGAGUUGAAAAAUGUAGACAGUUUGGUAGAGAGGGAGAUGGCUGAUAUUCUCAACAUCGACCCAGUCACAGACACUGGAUACCAGAGUGAGGUCCAAUCUAGGUGCUGGCUGUUUGAGAACCAUGACAUCAAUUCAGUGGAUUUCCACGACCAAAAACCACAGAUGAAAAAGGAGUUUCAAGAGGGAGAAAUCAAGAGAACCGUUUGUAUGUUCGAACAGCCUACAGCUAACUUCCUCAACGAAGAGAACAAACCCCAACUCAAUGAAUCAGAGGAAGGGACAUCAGAGCAGAGCAUCAGAGUGGAUGUGAAAGCCACACGCAGAAUGUUCGAAGCUCAAUCAAUGGAUAUUCUGAGAGACAGUCAAAGCCCCUGUCCAAGGAAAAACAUUGUUUCUGAGGAGGAAGGUGGCUCGGUCUGGAAACCAAAGAACAGUUCUGAAACUGAUGGAAAACAAACAUCAAACAUUGACCAUAACAGUGAAACCACUGAUUUCAUAGGCACAAAUGAGGUGUUUGUAGGUAUAUCUAGAGCAAAACAGGUCUUUGAAACAAUAUUACAUGAAAAGGAGAACAUCUCACCCACAAAUGAUAGCUGUAGCCAAGAGGAAGAACUGCUGAAGGCAAAUGUAAAAAAUAGAGCUCAGAUGUUUGAAUCAACUCCACUUGAUAAGAUCAAUCAGCAAACCAAGGAAGAAUCAGAAACCAUCCUUGAGAACAUGCAGGUAACUCUAGUUUCUUUAUGCAACUUCAGUAUCAUGCAUUCUGAUGGAACUAUCCUUGAAGCUAAUGAAACUGGCCAUAUCAAGAAAGCAAGAUAUCACUUCAUACAAGAAGAUAUAAAACCAGAAAUUGAUGAUGAGGAGAUAGUGACUGGAAACAUAAAGAGCAUCAUGCUUCAGAUGCUACCAGGAACAAGCCUGAACCCAACUGUGACCUUCCUAAAAGAGGACAGUCAGGGGAAUGUGGAGAUUCAGAAAGUAGAUGUUCCCACUCACCAACUUCCGUUCACUCAAGAUAAAGAGUGCAGGACUGCCAAUGUGGUGCAGAUUACUGAGGAUCUACUCAGUAAAGAGAAGUCCACGAGGAAAGGAGUCUUAAUACAAGAUGGUACCACAGGAAUGAGAGAGAUAACAGUUUAUGUACUUUUUAUCCACAGUGAAGACAGUACAGGGGUAAAGGAGUUGGGUAAAAUUGAGUGUAGAUCCAUUCCCUCAAGUCUAAAGAUUGAUCCAGAGUCUGAAAAGGGUGCUCUCAAGACAUAUAUUAGUUCAUCAGAAAGUUCUUCAGCAGUAGAUACAAACAAAACUAGUAAUGUGCAGCUAUGCCAGAGCUGCAUUGAGAAAGGAGACCUUGAUCAUCUAAAAAGGCUGCAGGAAACAUCAUCAGAUGUAGAUAUAGGUGAGUCAGAAAAAACAAGUGAGAUUAUACCAGGUAAUGUUACCCAUUUCAAAGCCCUUUUUACUACCAAUAUAGAUAAUUUAAGCUUCAAAACACAAUCAGAAGAAAACAAGUCAAAAGUGUCACCUACAGAAAGUGUUAUAAAUAAUGAAAAUAAUACAGAAAAAUCAAACGAGGCUGAAAUUUGCACUAACACUGGGGGCACUCCAAGAAUUCUCCAAGAUCAAGAUAUCAUGGAUGAUGGAGCUGUUCUUCAAGCAGAACUUGUUGAUGUAGUGGAAGAUGAUGAGUUAGUGAAUCUACAAACAGCAAUUAUGAAUCUUCAUCAGGCCACAAUGGAGGCAAAAGCUCUUCAGCAGAGUGUACAAGCACUUGCUUCCCAGACCAACCAAACCCAACAAAUCUGCGACCUUGGGUCAGUAAACCAUGAGUUUACACAUGUGAAAAUUAAUAAUAAUGUAAGUGUGAAAGAAGAGCUCUCACAGUUCUACGAAACUCAAAAGGAAGAAGAAAGUGUGGAGGAUGCUAUGAGGGGUAGCAUACAGGCAGCUCUUGAUUCCUUGGGAAAGUCCAACUUUAAUGUCUCAAAGGGGGAUUAUAGAGCUGCAAUGAUUUAUAGAAACUCUGCUAAAGGAUUUACAGGACACAAAAAGACAGAUGUAGAGCAGUCAAGUAAAAGGACUAAAGAAAAUAUGCUAUCACCAUAUUCUCCUGCACCACUAGCUGAACAAGAGGCUUUAAAAUCACUUGGUGAGAAAACUGACACAACCCAGUUAGAAAACAAACAAGUGACUUGUUCUCCCCUUCAUGUCUCCGUAGACACACCUGUUAAAAAUCGGAAAACUCCUAUUGGACCCAAGCCAGCUAUCCCACCUAAACCAGAUCAUUUAAAAAUAAAGCCAAACCCUCUUGGUACUGAAACUGAUGCAUACCGUCUCAACAAAUGCCAAGUCCCUACUACUUCUUUAAAAUCACCAACUGAGCAGAUUAAAGAACCUUCAACUCCCAAACUAAGCCCAGACCCAGCGGCUCAUGAAGAUGUACUCUGCAUAAGUGUACAGCAUACUGAUGCCAAUGAACCUGAACCUAGUGAUACGUCAAUGACCAACACUGAGAGUCCUGAAAACAAAAAGCUAAAUGACAUACAGGUUGUUGAAGAACCUCCAAAGAGCUCCCCAGAAAGCAUUGUCAGUGAAUCUUCCACAGGAUUUCAUGGCACUCUUCAAAACUUUGGGGUGAAGCAGAGUGGUUCAGUACCUCCUGUGAAACCUAAAAGAAUCAAAAUGGCUGAAAAAAAUGUGAAGAACACUACAGACAACACCAAUAACAACUCCACCAUUUUGGAAACUGAAACGGCACUGGAAAUCAGUCCUUCUCCUCACAACAAUGACUCCUCGGACAAGACCUGUAAGGUAGAUAGUAACAACCAUGAAGAAAAACAAAAUAAAAGUGAUGAUCAACAAGUCAGUGGAGUGGUCAGACGGAAAAAGAAAAGGAGAGGAGAGACUGAGGAUGAGCGAAGGCAGAGACUCUCAGUGCACAUGGAUGAAAUCAUGAAAGGAAAUGUGCCGGCUGUCAUGGAGAUCUUCGACAAGCUGAAAAAACAAGAGGAACUGAAAAACAUACUCUCCAAAGUAGAGGAAAUCGAAGACGACACCAACGAAGUAGACGUGAGCUCGCUUAGAAACAUUUUCGAGAGCGUACCGGAUUGGGUUGUGCCUCGGGCGAAAAAGAUCAAACCGAAAAUAGUCAAGUCGGAACAUUUAGGAGCAACAAGUGAACCUGAGGUGAUGUCAUCCAUGGAGGUUGCUUUUGGGGACCUCGAGAAAGCAGGUGCUGACAUCAUUCGUUUAAAAGACCAAACGCUUGCGAGACUCAUGGAUAUAGAGGAGGCCAUUAAAAAGGCUCUUUACUCAGUCUCGACUCUGAAAUCUGACUCUGACAUUGUAGGACUCUCUGGCCUCUUCAGGGAGUCAAUGGUGGCUGUACAAGGCUCCCCUCCCCCAGGUAAUAUCAGGAAAAUCAGUAUUGGGUCGAGCAAAUCUCCAAAAGCACAAAACAAAACGGGAAGGAGUGUUUCUGGACAGUCAACGGCACAGAAAAAGCCAGAGCUUUUUAUUCCCACAACCAAACAGAGAUCAACCUCACCAGCGUCUCCUUCGUUUAUUUCCAUUCAGUCUGCAGCGAGGAAGCCUACGGAGUUGCCAUCGCCUCAGAUCAGUCUCCUGAAAGCAGAACCGAAAGAAGAGGCCAAGCCCCAGUGCUGCUGUAGUGUGCCUUCAGACCGCAGGCAAUGUUCUGUCACAAAGGGGGAUUCCCCCAGCCCCCCGAAUCCACAACGGCAGGUCAGUGUGCUGGAAGUGCAAACGAUGCCUGAGGUAGAGAAGGUAAUCGGAACAAAAACCAUCAAAGAGAACUACGAGAGGACGGACUGCUUCGGCAACAAGUUCUACUCCUCGAAAACCUCCACGGUUGUGACAACCCAACCGGAAACAAGGACAACUUCUAGGAAGCUUAUUACGAGCAGCAGUCCAGCCACAUCUGAAAUGGUCACAUACCCAAGAAUCAACACACCUUUUAUUAGAGAGGAGGACCAUCCCCCACUGUAAAUGUGGCAAAUUGAUUUCAGUUUUGGUUGUCUUGUCACAUAAAUGAAAGAUCUAAUAAUGUAACAGCCAAUGCAUUUAAAUGUAACACAUUUUUGUACUGUUAUGCUUGGUUACUGUAUCUUUCGUGGUUAUGUUAGUAUUGACCAUUGUUAGUAUUUCAGUUUCAGUUUUUUUUGUGAAUUAAUAUUUUUUUUAACUAAUUAUUCCUUAGUAUGUUGCAGUCAUGCAGAAAACAUGUUCUGAUAUUUCUGUGAAUACCAUAUCAUUUGAAUUUCUGCCAUAUUUGUCAAUAAAAGUAAUAGAAACGUGU